AAAGCUUGAACAAGCGCCGGGCUAGGGACGUGCGGGCGGGCGUGGUUUUUGGUUUGGGGUUUUUUUUCACCCUGGCUUUUUUUUUUUUUCUUUGAACGAACUUUAUUGUUCCCGCGGCGCCGCGCGCGGGGAUGCGCUGAGGCCGCUCUACCCUCGGCUCGGCUCGGCUCAGCUCAGCUCGGCCCGGCCCGGCCUCGGCAUGUCGGGCAGCCGCCCGCCACCGCACUCCGCUGCGCCGCCCGCCGCCACCCCGGCCGCCUCCUCCUCCUCUUCCUCCUCCUCUUCGGCGGCCAUGGCGCCGGGCUCGUCCUCCUCAAGCGGCGCGGCAGCGAGGCCUGUGCUGGUGGCGGCCGCCGUGUCAGGCUCGGGGCUGGCCCGGCUGGCGGCGGCGGCGCGGCCCGGCGGUGGCGGCGGCGGCUCCUCCGGGGGAGGUGGCGGUAGCGGCGCGGGCGGCGGCGGCGGCAGCAGGAAGAGGCCGCUGCUCACCCCGCUCUGCAACGGGCUCAUCAACUCCUACGAGGACAAGAGCAACGACUUCGUCUGCCCCAUCUGUUUUGAUAUGAUUGAAGAAGCUUACAUGACAAAAUGUGGACACAGCUUCUGCUAUAAAUGUAUUCACCAGAGCUUGGAGGACAAUAACAGAUGUCCCAAAUGCAACUAUGUUGUGGACAACAUAGAUCAUCUUUAUCCCAACUUCUUAGUCAAUGAACUUAUUCUUAAACAGAAGCAAAGAUCUGAGGAGAAAAGACUCAAACUGGACCAUUCAGUGAGUAGCACCAAUGGCCAUAGGUGGCAGAUAAUUCAAGAUUUACUGGGGACUGAUCAAGACAAUCUUGACUUGGCCAAUGUCAACCUGAUGCUGGAGCUGCUGGUGCAAAAGAAGAAGCAGUUGGAAGCAGAGUCCCAUGCUGCCCAAUUGCAGAUCCUUAUGGAAUUUCUCAAAGUUGCCAGGAGAAACAAACGAGAGCAAUUGGAGCAGAUCCAGAAGGAGCUAAGUGUUCUGGAAGAAGAUAUCAAACGAGUAGAGGAAAUGAGUGGCUUGUAUUCCCCAGUCAGUGAGGACAGUACGGUGCCGCAGUUUGAGGCUCCUUCACCUUCACACAGUAGUAUUAUUGAUUCCACGGAGUAUAGCCAGCCUCCAGGAUUCAGCAGCAGUUCUCAGACCAAAAAGCAGCCGUGGUAUAACAGCACGCUAGCCUCACGACGCAAGCGGCUCACAGCUCAUUUUGAGGACCUAGAGCAGUGCUAUUUUUCCACCAGGAUGACACGUGUCUCGGAUGACAGCAGAACCACAAGCCAGCUGGAUGAGUUUCAGGAGUGUCUAUCCAAGUUCACGCGCUACAAUUCUGUCCGACCCCUGGCAACACUGUCUUACGCUAGUGACCUCUACAAUGGCUCCAGCAUAGUAUCCAGUAUUGAGUUCGACCGAGACUGUGACUACUUUGCCAUUGCUGGGGUGACAAAGAAGAUUAAAGUCUAUGAGUAUGGUACAGUCAUUCAGGAUGCAGUGGAUAUUCACUACCCUGAGAAUGAAAUGACCUGUAAUUCCAAAAUCAGCUGUAUCAGCUGGAGUAGUUACCACAAGAACCUGCUAGCCAGCAGUGACUAUGAAGGCACAGUCAUCCUGUGGGAUGGAUUCACAGGACAAAGAUCCAAAGUCUACCAGGAGCAUGAGAAAAGGUGCUGGAGUGUUGACUUUAACUUGAUGGACCCAAAACUAUUGGCUUCAGGCUCAGAUGAUGCCAAAGUUAAGCUGUGGUCUACCAACUUGGACAACUCAGUAGCAAGCAUCGAGGCUAAGGCUAAUGUGUGUUGUGUCAAAUUCAGCCCCUCUUCUAGGUAUCACCUAGCUUUUGGCUGUGCAGAUCACUGUGUUCACUACUAUGAUCUUCGCAACACUAAGCAGCCAAUCAUGGUGUUCAAAGGGCAUCGCAAGGCAGUCUCCUAUGCAAAAUUUGUGAGCGGGGAAGAAAUCGUCUCUGCGUCAACAGACAGUCAGCUGAAGCUGUGGAACGUAGGGAAGCCUCACUGCUUACGCUCCUUCAAGGGUCACAUCAACGAGAAGAAUUUUGUUGGGCUCGCAUCCAAUGGAGACUACAUUGCUUGUGGAAGUGAAAAUAAUUCCCUUUACCUAUACUAUAAGGGCCUCUCAAAGACACUGCUGACGUUCAAGUUUGAUACAGUUAAAAGUGUCCUGGACAAGGACCGGAAAGAAGAUGACACAAAUGAGUUUGUGAGUGCUGUAUGCUGGAGGGCACUACCAGAUGGGGAGUCCAACGUGCUGAUUGCUGCUAACAGUCAGGGUACAAUUAAGGUACUGGAGCUGGUAUGAAGGGUUUUCUCUCAAGGCAUGAGGUACUUGGUCCUGCCGAUAUGCUACAGUAUUCAUCUGGGAUCCUCAGCGGGACAAGAAACCAAGACCACCUUGAUGUUCCUCCCCAAAAUCAUCAUGUUUGGGUUUUUUUCCAUUUAUGGAAUUUCGGGGACGUUUUGAGACACUGGAAACACCAGUGAACUGUCUGCCAUCAACAUUAACUCCACAGACUUUGCUGCUGCUGGUGGUGGUGGUAUGGUUGUCUAAUUUUUAUGACAGGAAAACAAAUUCUUUUAAAUAAAAACAAAAAGGAAUAAUAAAAUGUAUUGAGCCACAAGCUGAAGCUGGAAGAUUCUCUCUUGUUGCAUACGGGAACAGAUUACUUGGGAAGGGAGCUUACAGGACCACACAGGGCUGUCCUCAGUUGCACAUAUCUCGUUACCUUCAUCUGGACUAUUCCUUCAUCCCCACUGGAAAAAGAAAGUCUCUAUGCCUCACUUGGACAUGCAAGCAGUCUGCUUUGAGAUCCCAUAAUGAUAUGGUUUAGUUGUUCCUUUGAUUUAUUUUUUUUUUUAGAUGCAUUAAAUGUUGAGAAAUGUCACCCAAGUUGACACCUCUGGAGACUGAAGUCCUCUGGUCAUCAAGAAGAGAAGGGCAGCUUCCUCUUCCUCCUCUCCUUACACCCCUGCCUUGAUCUGAAGGGGCAGCUCCAAAGGAGAGAAGUACGUUGUCCUUCCUUCCACAUAAGCCUGGGCCUCUCUGCCUGCCACCAGCAACAUGCUGAGAUGAGGGGACAUGCGGUUGCCUGGGACCUGGACUGACCUCACCAAGAUGUCGUGGGAUAACGAUCUCACACGUAUGCACGCACUCUGACCGGGCUGUGUUUGACUAUCUCAGCUAGAGGAGGAAGCUUCUAGAUCCAGUUACCAAAGCCCUGCACCACUUCAUUGCCUGUGUGGUUUGGUUGCGUUUGCCCCUCUCUGCACACAAUGGAAGCCAAGUGUUUUGAAUGUUAUAAUGAGAGAGGGGAGGGAGUUGGUUUGUGAUGUGUUUCAGAGCCAUGAUAUAAGUAGCCUUAUUUUUAAUGGUCAUGCAUACACUUAAUUGUACAUACGGAGGGGGAAUAAACCAUGAUGCUAAGAGUUGUUGUUGCUUUGUUGGCAGGAUAGCAGGGAUGGGUAAGAGGGUGCAGACGGUCUUCGUGAGUAGCAGUCAUGCUGAGCUGUCAGGAUUGCUGCCAGAACUCAUUAAGCUUGAAAGUGGAAUUGGUGGUCGUAGCAUCUUUCCCUAGCUGCGGGUGGCAAAGGUGCAAUGUAUACAGUGAUACCUGUAGGAAGUGUGUCAGUUUGCAAACAGAAUCUCUCUGUGUUCGUUCAUGGUACGCAUAGUCUCCCUCAUGCCUCUGAGCCUGAGGUUGCUCGGACCUCUCUGUGUGUCAGCCAGGCAAGGCCCUGCUGCAGUCUCGGGCUGUAACUGAUGGUGGCAUGUGAAAGGUCUCUCACAUCUUCCAGGUGUUAAAUGCCUGAUUCUGAUCUUCCCAGAAAGGUGGUAAGGUCUUUGACAUCCUUGGGUCACAGGAUAGAAAAGAAAAACAAAGAUGCUUUCGUGGGUACGAACAAAGGAGCAGGGAUGGAGCCUUACAGCAGAGUUGGGGCAGAUACAUUGGUGCCUGUUUCCAGUGGGGCCACAGGGGACUUAUAUGCGCCUUCAACCAACAGCUGUGGCUGGAAGGGUGUGGGACACACUGAACUUGCUGUUGGUUGCUGGAGAGUCCUCUCCAGUGGGGACCAAUGGACAGCUCGAGAGAGGUGCGGAUAGCCCCCAGAUGCUGCAUGCUGGUUUUCUUCCAUGGUUUCUGGCAUGCCAGUGGCAGGGUGAGAGCAACCAGAGAUGAGACUCCGCUUGCCUAGGUCCUGUUCUAAGAUGCAGGUCUCUGCCAUAUGAAAUCGGUUCCUUCUGUCUUGACAGCUGCUGAUGCAUCCCACUGAGCACUAGCUUGAUUCCCAUUUUGCUGAAUUUUAAGAGAAUUUGGUGCUGGGGUUACUGUGCUGGGCUGUGUGAAGCAUCCUUCUCAACCAGUGAAGACCUGGCUGGCACGAGGAGCAAUGACCAUCACUCUUGCUGCUUCUCCUGGUUUCAGGCAUGGGUUUCCCUCAGCCUGUGGCUUUAUUUAUCGAUGCCUAAUAACUUGUUUUGCAAGCUGCUGUUGUACCCCUGCUCCGUGCUGUGCAGCCGCUGGUUGGCAGGUCACCUCAUUCUCUCCAACCAUUUGAAGGUCCUCUGUGUUUUAAAUUGAAAUCACUCCAAUAAAGCCGAGAUCUUAAAACCAGAAGAAAAUAAAUGGCUAUUUUGAACGCUGUAAGGUUAGUCCUUGAAUUAAACAGGGAAAACAGUUUAACAUUGGCCGCCUUUAUUUUUUUUUUUGGGUUUCAUUCUGUUUCAAUCAAGAUAAAAUGCAAAUUUGGUGUCUGGCCCUAAUUAGAAACACAGCAGCUCAUAAACAAAAGUUGAUGGCAUUUUUUGUCUUUGUCUCUUUGUCACAAGUGGUACGUGUCUUAUUUUAAUCCCCUUAAUUUUCUUUCCUUCAGGUAACUCUUUGCAGUUGACAUAUUAAGUCGCAUAUAAUCAACUGUGAUCUUAACAGUAUUUGCUCAAUAUUUUUUUUAAUUAGUCACCUCCUCAACAAAUGGUCCCUAUCGUGUUGUCAGCCUUUUUGGAGUCGGGGAGUGACUGAGUUUGGGAGGGACCUCCAGAGGUCUCCAGUCCAGCCCCCUGCCCAGAACAGGGCUUGCCUCAAAGUUGGAUGAGGUUGCUCCAGGGCUUGGAGAUGUUCACAACUCAACUGAGCAAGAAUUGGAGAUUUCCUGAGUCCCUCUGGGAAACUUUUCCAGGGCUUAUGGCUCUCCUUGCAAAAAUUAAUUCCAGUUGCGCACUUACAGUCAUUAUUCUCAUUUUCUUCCUUUGAAAGAACAAGGUUACAAAGCCCUUGGCUGGAAGCUGCCCCAGAAUGGUUUUGCCUCCAGCGCUCGUGUCCCUGCGAGAGGUGUUGGGUGAGUCAGAUUUUUCUUUGAGAAAGGGAAUUUAAAACCCUGCCUGGCCAGCCAGCCUCUUUAAUUAAUUUUAAAGCAUUUAAUAGAAGAGUAGGAGGAACAUGCCUUAGUACUAAAAAGAAGUUCAGAGCUGGAGGGAAUCAAAAAUGAUGGUCAAGGGGAAAUUUAAAUUAAUAUCAAUAUGUCGGAGCUCUUCCGCAGUGAGUGUGGACAGCUGCUAAUGCCAACGUUCGACUCGAGCACUAUAGCCUUGUUUGUUUAGGGUAAUUUUGUUUAACUAUGGAAGGUCAUAAUGACAGCAGCGGACAACUGGGAAGACAAAUCUGACUCCUCCCGUGCUCGAAAGUGCUCUUUCCUUUCUCACAGCUUCUCGGAGGCUAGGAAUACCCAGCAAGGACUUGUGCAGCAGUCUGAGGGCAAAGUAGAGCGUUCACUGUGGCAUUUGCCUUGAAGAAUUCAUCUUGUGUGUCGGCAGCAUCCACACAUGCAGGCACCCUGGUGUCCAGCAGAGGUAAUUGCAUCCUGCCUUACGCCAUUCCCCGCUGCCGCCGCCCGCAAAGACCUUUUCUUGAGGCCAUCCUCACCUCUUGAGGCCAACAAAUCCCCCUCGCUUGCUCUCCGAGAGGGGUUUGCCUUCCCCUCAGCUGUGGAGAGCCCGCCUGCUGUGCUUGGUCAUGUGUGUAGGGUUAUUACAGAGCAUCUGUAGGAGCUGUCACCCGCUUCAAAUGUUGAGGAACUGAGGGCUUUGGCUAGUGGGAAGGUGGGCUUAAGACCACGCGAAGCUGUGAAUUGUAGCAGCGUUCAUCAGAUAAGGACCAGAGCCUACAUCUUCUUCCUUUCAGAAAAGCACUUCAGCCCUUGUCCCCGCAUAGGUUGCUUCAGUUUUGCGUUCAGUGAGCUGCAAAUGGUUUCUUCAAGCGAGGGUGUUCUCAUCCUUAUCUCUGUUCAACAACAAGGCAGUAUUUGGGUAUUCUAGGCUUUAAUGUCUUCAUAAAGGAAUUAAAACGUUUGGGUGGGUGAAGACAAGACUUCUUACUCUGCUCCACGUGUUACCAGGCCAUUUGAGUUGAGUAGGUUUUGCCAACAACCUGUUUUAAAUCUUUCCAGCUUAACUUUCACACCUUAAGUCUGGCUCUGGCUCAUGGUUGGCUGUUGUUACUUAGCAGGGGCAGGACAAGAAUUCAUCCCAUAACAUCAAGCAGCAUGAAGAAUGCUUAGGUGAGGGGAAAAAGUGAGCUUUUUGACAUCUCUUAGAAAUAAAUUAUGAGGGGGGAAAAAGAAAAAAAGCAUAAACUUUCCUCGGCUGAUCUGCAGUGCAGGGGGUGAAGGUGGUUCCAGCUCUUCCAGGACCUCAAGCAUCUCGGAGGGCUCCAUGAACCUUUCAGUUGAGGGAGGACUCCAUGCAUCCAUCGUAGCCUCUUUUAAUCUGCCUGGAAUAGUGAGUGUGUGCAACGUGCCUGCUACAGCCUGCGGUGGAAAACAGCUCACCGGGGAGCGGGAAGGAAGAAAAAUCUCAUCUGUGAUAGCUGCUUGCCCAAAGCCUCUGAUCUGCGCAUGAGCAAAGGCAGAGAGAGGCAGCUUAAUUUUUUCCUCUCCCAGUUUUGCCUACUCUUAAAGGUAUUGCUGUCUCCCCAGUCCAUUCAGGGAGAUGUAUUAACCUUGAUGCUCUUGUUUAAGUCCCAAAAUGUGGUGUUGGGGACCAAUGGGACUGGCUUUCGCCUGGAGACUUGCACAAAUAGCAGAAGGGUGUGAGCUCCAUGACCGUCUUUAACCCUGCCAUCCUCCCCAAAAUCUCUCCGGUGCCUCUGCCUUGCCGAGGGCUGGGGAGCGUGCUGUCGCUUAGUCUCUUAAAAUCCUUUAAGGCAACCAAGAAAAAUAAUUUGGAGAGUUUCAGAGGAAAAAAAAAAAAAAAGCCAAACAAAUGUAAAGGCCAUCCUUAGGAGGCAUGAGUAAUAGCAUGUGACAGCUGAAACCAAGCCAGCAGCGCGAGCUCAAUGCAAAUCCCAAACCAGCGACUGUCGAUGUGCCCUUCCAGCCUGCCUUCCCAUUGCCCUUCUCAGCGCCAAGAACCUCGCUGGGAAGGAGAGCAGCCCCUGGAGCUUGUAAUUCAGAAAUUAAAUUUGUUCAUUUAAAGGUUACCUCGUCGUAACCCCUUCAGCAUCGUGAGCCUCCCAGAGGGGACUGGCCAAUGCCAGGGUGCUGCAAGGAGCCAUGAUCGCGGUGCUGGGCUCUGAUGGACCAAGCCCUGGAGAUACAAAGGCACUGGAUCAUCCCAUCUAUCCCCUUCUCCAGCCCUGCAGUGAGGAUGGUGACUGCCAGAGGACAAGCAACUCAUGCUGGAGGUGUGACACCAUUCCACCCCUCAACCCUCCACCCGUGAGAUGUGUGGGGUUGAGCAGGGAAAAUGCUCAGCAGUUCUGAAUAAAAGAAUACAGAGAGUUCUUUUAUAUAGUGUUAUUUAUUG